AUGAAUCGGGAUUCUCAAUUCCACAGCUCCAACUCUCAGGAGCCAUACAACAUCUUCCAAUUUUAUAACACAGAUGGUCCCUGGAUUCCUCCGGGUGUCAUCCAGCCAGCAGACACGCUAAAUUCCUCAUCUCGUCCGUCUGCUUAUAAUAGCGGAGCGCCCAGCUUUCACGGUUACAGGAGCACUGGCUUGCCCUCUGAUUGCGGCACCGCUCCAGACGACUCCGGCUAUGGAGGUACUCGUUCAGCAUAUAGCUACGCUGAGAGCGUCGCGGGGAAUGACCGGUGUGCGGAAAACGCCUACCUAGAGGCUCCGGCAGAGAUGAUUGGCGACUUGACCAUCAACCCGAUGUAUCCGCCAUCUCAAAUGCAACAUCAUCAAGCUGCCACUGUAGAAUUCCUAUGUAACCACUGUGGUCAAUCUUGCAAGACGAAAUCGGAGCUCAAGAAGCACAGCGCCAGACAUGAAAAACCAUACAAAUGCACCUACGAAACUUGUUCCAAGGCUAAACAGGGGUUCAGUACGCCCAACGACCUAGCUAGACACAAGAAAACUGUCCAUCGCGAGCACAAUGAGAACGACCCUAUUUAUAUCUGCCACCAUGGCGGCUGUUCUAGAAAGAAGGAAAAGCUAUGGCCAAGAGCUGACAACUUCCGGAGUCAUCUGUCCCGUUCUCAUAACAUAAAUCUCAAAGCAGACAGUGAUCUUGGAGAAUACCGCCACAAACCGAAUACGGCAAAGCCACUUGGAAUCCAAGACAAGACACGAUCAACUGCUCAUGUAAACCCCGGACAUCGACCGAUGCGGCUGCAAGACGCCCCUCCUGUAUAUACGUGCCCUCAUCAUACGUGCCCCCAAGCAAAAAGGAAGACGUGGCCAACAGCCGACGACCUUCGGGCUCAUUUAUCUCAUGACCAUAACUUACAGCUUGACGAUGAUCUCAAGGGUUACCACUUCCAAUUAGGAGCAACAGAGGCGCACACUCUUCGAGGUGUUGGAUCCUCAAUCGCUGAUGUUGACCCGGAGCCCCGACCGGCGCAACUGCAGGAUUCUCCUGACUUGCGGGGCGACCAAGUUUCAACAACUGCCUCGGGUCAGGUACAAAACGAAUCCUCAAAGCAAAGUGACCUGCCACUAACCCAGACGUGUCUGACAAGCGGGGAUAGACCGCCGCAGAUGCGGUCAAGUAUCUUAGAUGCCCUGAAAAUGUCAUCAGUCCCUGGCUCUGACACUCUUGCCAGCCAACCUAUCGUUGAUUUGACAUGUGCAGAUGACGUUUCUCUUGGAGAGUCCGAAGCUAUGCUGCCUCACGAUGAAGUAACGCCAGAACCAUUUGAUCAUGAAGGAGAUGAUAUCAUUGAAGAUGAAGAAACACUCGAUCGCCAAGAACCCGUGAUGCUUCAGAUUACUUCACCCACCGCAUCAGUUCAGCUCAAGGCUGACAGUCCUCAAGAUGGGAUCACCCAGUCCCUAAUUGCAACACAGACGCCUAGUCAGGUUCUUGAAGCAUCCACAGAGGCGCCACCAGCCGACACGCCCACUUUCGAACCAUAUAAGGCUUCGGGGCUGUUCCCUCUUCUCGAAAAUGUUCCGACGGGACAAAUUCUCUCGUUUCUCAGAAACAACAUCCCCAAAGAUCUACUAGAGAAGGCCCUAAAGCCUGAGGACCCAUCGGCAAGUGGGAAUGAUGAUUCGAGUGAUCCAGGGGAGCACCAGAAAGCAGAGAUAAUCUGUCCAGAGUGUAGGAAAGCUUUUUAUCGAAAUUGCGAACUUAGGAAGCAUAUGAAACGACAUGACAAGCCCUACGGGUGUACCUACAAAACGUGUUGCAAGAAGUUUGGCAGCAAGAAUGACUGGAAAAGACACGAGAGUAGCCAGCAUUUCCAGCUCGAAUCCUGGAACUGUAAUUUGGACGGCUGUGACAAAGUGCUGCCUCGUCGAGAGCUAUUCAAAUGGCAUCUCAUCAAUCAUCACAAGGUACAAGACAGCCAAAAGAUCGACAAAUUGCAGGAGGAGCGCAGACUGGGUCGACACUGUGAUCCACGCUUCUGGUGCGGGUUCUGUGAUAAAUUCGUUGAGAUCACGGGAGAGGUUGUCAACUCCUGGACCAAGAGGUGCGACCACAUUGAUAGCCACUUGUUUGGCAAAGACGGGCUGGAGAAGAAAAACAUGCUCCAGUGGCACUACCUUGAAGAUAAAUUGGCAGAGGGAGAACCUGAAGCAAAAGUGGCAGAGAGUUCAUCGAAAGCCAGCAAGAAGCGGAAGGCUACAGAGGAUGUGAGCUCGCGUCCAGCCAAGAGAACCAACAUUAGUUGGAUUUGUGAAGCCAUUUGCGGCUUCCACGUCGACCCAGGCGCUUCGUCGGACAUAUUGAAUCCUAUCCUGGUGAAGCUUGACGCCAAUGCCAUGUCGAACCGAGGCCAGAAGUUCCUCGGGGCUUGA